AUGGCAUCGAGACUAAAACUUGACAAUACUGCGGGCUCAUUGAAGCCCAAAACCGCUGUGACAACGGCCGGGGUAAUGUCUACGGGAACAUCAAGUAAACGGGUACCAUCGACAACCGGAGGGAAUACCUCCGUUUCACCCACGAAGUCGCGCACACCCGACAUAUCCUUAGCACACUCCAGCUUCUCUACACCAGAAAGCUCUCCUGCAAGCCUUUUUGCCAAGGCAAAUCGGUUGUACCAAGAGGCCAAAACCCAAAUAGAGCAGUCGGGAAAUAUAAAAACAUCUAUCAAGGAAACCGUGCUCAGUAAUAUCGCAGGGAUGUAUGAGAUCAUUCUCCGACUUAGUGAGUCAAGACAGACACUCCAGGUACAACUGGAGAAGUCUCGAGCAGAAAAUGCAGCGACAUUGUUAAAGCACGAGAGGGAACAUGCGGAGCAACUAUCUGAAGCGAGGAAACAUAGUUCAUUACCCUCAACUGCAGCGUCUCCACCAAUCGAGCUAAUGAAGGAGCUUAUAGAAAAUUUACGAGACCAUACAAAAACAGUUGUGGAAUGCCAAAAACAUACAAUAACACUCACCGAACAACUUAAGCAACCUCCACAGAAUAACAUCUCGGAACGAACAUAUGCACAAGCAGUAGGUACUUCAAAACAUCAACAGAAUGCAAUUAAAGAAGAAAUCGCCAAAAUGUCGUUUCCUCCAUUACAAGUUAAAUCUUAUGCUAGCGUCGCUUCAACCCCUUUUUUCAAACAAACUCAACAAUCCGUCACUCCAGCAACUAAGCCAGCUAUAAUAUUAACACCAACAACAACUGUCAAUUCCAGAGAGGAAAUCAUGGAGUCUUGGCGUAAAAGCAUAUGUUUAAAAAAACUAACUAUGCACCUUCUAAAUUAA